AAAAGAAGAAAAAAAUCUCAAGUGGUUGAAAAUGGACGACGACUUGAAACUCGAAGUUUCGUUUAUAGUCAAUCUUACAUUGUUGAUCAGUUACACUAAUUCUCUUGGCUGUGUGUCAACAAGUGGGAAGAUUUCAUAGUAAGUCUUCUCUCAUAGUACUAGUAAUUAAGUCUUCUCUCUGCUAUAGAGUGUGGAGACUAAAAAAAGAAGAAGACAACAUUGUUUUUAUAUUAUUAUGUGAAGUAGUGUAGUGGUGAAGAAGGAAGAAUUUUCCAACUCUACGAACCAUAGCAAUCAUAGCCUGAUAGCCAUUAACGUCUCUAUACAGAGAAAACAGAGAGCCCAUUCGCUGAUCGGCAAAUCUCUUUAUAAACACACUCAUAGUGGUCUUGUUUUUCUGAACCAAAGUUAUAUCUGUUGAAAUGCUCAGGCUACGUAGAUCUCUGUUUCUGCUCCUAACCGUUUGGUUCUUGUGUUGUUCCGGUUUGGUUCACGUGAUGGUUCGAGCCCAAAACCGAACCAGACCCACUACUCAUCCCGACGAUGGUCUGUCUUUUCAACACUUGACAAAAGUUUAGUCACCAAUUAUCGACUGGAUUUGUAGUUUGUAAUAGCUAGCUUCUUCUUUGUAAUAAACCCCACUAACGAAAAAACAAAUAAAAUGCAUCUUGUCAAUAGAAUGAGUUUCUUAGUUCAGUUAAUAUAUAGUUUCAAUUAAUUAAUACUAGUUGUUUAGUUAAGCGUAAUAGAUUAAGGGGUGCUAAUAAUAAUUUGACCGUUGUGAAUUAUGUUGGAUAAAAACAGCGCGAGCUUUGAACUCCAUCUUCGCGGCUUGGAAGAUUCGGGCGCCGAGGGAAUGGAACAUCAGCGGCGAACUUUGCUCCGGCGUCGCCAUCGACGCCAGUGUACUCGACUCAAACCAUGCCUACAAUCCUCUCAUCAAAUGCGACUGUAGUUUCCAAAACUCCACAAUCUGCCGCAUAAAUAACAUAAAGGUUUAUGCGAUAGAUGUUGUAGGACCUAUACCUCCAGAGCUCUGGACCUUAACAUACCUCACCAAUCUGAACCUAGGUCAAAAUUAUCUCACAGGCUCACUGUCUCCUGCUAUUGGGAAUUUGACUCGGAUGCAGUGGAUGACUUUUGGAAUCAACGCGUUGUCUGGCCCUAUUCCUAAGGAAAUCGGUUUGCUUACGGAUUUAAGAUUACUUGGUAUUAGUUCAAAUAACUUUUCCGGUUCCUUACCAGCUGAGAUUGGGAGUUGUACAAAACUACAGCAAAUGUACAUCGAUAGUUCUGGACUCAGCGGAGGAAUACCUUUAUCAUUUGCUAAUUUUGUGGAGUUGGAAGUCGCUUGGAUUAUGGAUGUGGAACUUACAGGUCGGAUACCAGACUUUAUAGGAUUCUGGACCAAACUUACUACCUUGAGGAUCCUCGGAACUGGUUUGAGCGGCCCAAUACCGUCGUCAUUUUCCAACUUAAUUGCUUUGACAGAACUGAGGCUUGGUGAUAUAUCCAAUGGAAGCUCUUCUCUUGAUUUCAUCAAAGACAUGAAAUCUCUAAGUGUAUUAGUAUUGAGGAACAACAAUCUCACUGGGACAAUACCGUCUACUAUUGGAGGAUACACAAGUUUGCAACAAGUUGAUUUGAGCUUCAACAAAUUACAUGGACCAAUUCCGGCUUCACUUUUCAACUUAAGUCGACUUACUCACUUGUUUCUGGGAAACAACACGUUGAAUGGAUCCUUGCCCACUCUAAAGGGGCAGUCUCUGAGCAAUUUAGAUGUGUCGUACAAUGAUUUGUCUGGAAGUCUUCCUUCAUGGGUCAGCUUACCAGAUUUGAAGCUCAAUCUAGUUGCUAACAACUUCACACUGGAAGGUCUUGACAACAGGGUUUUAUCAGGACUACAUUGCCUGCAGAAGAACUUCCCCUGCAAUCGAGGCGAAGGAAUCUAUUAUAACUUUUCGAUCAACUGCGGAGGCCCAGAGAUAAGGUCUGUUAGUGGAGCACUAUUUGAAAAGGAGGACGCGGAUCUUGGACCAGCUUCGUUUGUUGUGAGUGCUGCAAAGAGAUGGGCAGCCAGUAGUGUAGGAAAUUUUGCUGGCAGUAGCAACAAUAUAUACAUAGCUACUUCACUAGCACAAUUUAUCAACACUAUGGACUCAGAGCUUUUUCAGUCAGCACGACUUUCUGCAUCUUCCCUAAGGUAUUAUGGGUUGGGGCUAGAAAAUGGAGGGUACACCGUAACACUUCAGUUUGCUGAAGUACAAAUUGAAGGUUCUAACUCUUGGAAAGGUAUUGGAAGACGACGUUUUAACAUUUAUGUCCAGGGAAGACUUGUUGAAAAGGAUUUUGAUAUACGCAGAACAGCUGGUGGCUCUUCGGUUCGAGCAGUUCAGAGAGAAUAUAAAACAAAUGUAUCAGAAAAUCAUCUCGAAGUCCAUCUUUUCUGGGCUGGAAAAGGAACAUGUUGUAUUCCUAUCCAAGGGGCUUAUGGGCCAUUAAUAGCGGCCGUCAGUGCGACACCAGAUUUCACACCAACUGUGGCUAAUAGGCCACCAUCAAAGGGAAAGAGCAGGACUGGUACUAUUGUGGGUGUCAUUGUUGGUGUUGGACUUUUGAGCAUCUUUGCGGGUGUGGUUAUCCUCGUCAUUCGAAAAAGAAGAAAACCGUACACAGAUGAUGAAGAGAUACUUAGUAUGGACGUAAAGCCUUACACCUUUACUUACUCGGAACUUAAGAAUGCAACACAAGAUUUUGAUCUCUCAAACAAGCUUGGAGAGGGAGGGUUUGGGGCUGUUUAUAAGGGAAACCUCAAUGAUGGAAGAGAGGUGGCGGUGAAGCAGUUGUCAAUUGGAUCACGGCAAGGGAAGGGACAAUUUGUUGCAGAAAUUAUUGCAAUUUCUUCAGUUCUACAUCGCAACCUAGUAAAACUUUACGGGUGCUGCUUUGAAGGAGAUCAUCGUUUGCUCGUAUAUGAGUAUCUCCCUAAUGGAAGUCUCGAUCAGGCAUUAUUUGGGGAUAAGAGUUUGCAUCUUGAUUGGUCAACCCGUUAUGAGAUAUGUCUGGGAGUAGCCAGAGGUCUAGUUUAUCUCCACGAGGAAGCAAGUGUUCGCAUAAUACACAGAGAUGUGAAGGCCAGCAACAUUUUACUGGACUCUGAACUGGUCCCAAAAGUUUCUGAUUUUGGGCUUGCAAAACUAUAUGAUGACAAGAAAACCCAUAUUAGUACCAGAGUGGCAGGGACGAUUGGGUAUCUUGCGCCAGAGUAUGCCAUGCGUGGACAUCUAACAGAGAAAACAGAUGUGUAUGCCUUUGGUGUUGUGGCUCUUGAGCUAGUGAGUGGAAGGAAAAACUCUGAUGAGAACCUGGAAGAGGGAAAAAAAUAUCUUCUUGAAUGGGCAUGGAAUCUACACGAGAAAAACCGUGACGUUGAACUAAUAGAUGAUGAGCUAAGUGAAUACAACAUGGAAGAAGUGAAACGCAUGAUUGGCAUUGCUCUGCUUUGCACUCAGUCAUCUUAUGCGUUGAGACCACCAAUGUCACGAGUAGUAGCCAUGUUGUCAGGAGAUGCUGAGGUCAAUGAUGCCACCUCUAAGCCAGGCUACCUAACCGACUGUACAUUUGAUGACACCACAAGCUCCUCAUUCAGCAACUUUCAAACGAAAGACACUAGCUUCUCGACGAGCUUUAUAGCGCCUGGCCCGGAGAUGCCACUUAGAGACGGCGAAUCGAAGCCAAUGGUUGGAUUCAAGAUCAAGGAGGGAAGAUGAAGAUUGUCCCCUCUAUAAUUUGAUAUGCUUGUAUAUGGAAGUUGACAAUUUUCUUCUAUAUAAGGAUGUGGAGAAACAGAUUUCACUUUCAUUCAAUAAUAAUAUUUUAGU